AUGGCCAAACCAUCGCAGCUGUCACUUCUCAAUCUGGAGAAGCAGAAGCAAUGCGCCAUGGCUCUUGCGGAUGUCAGUAUUACGAAACAUGUCGAGAAGCGUAAGACCAGCGACUCGUCGAAGAAAACCAAUUUCAGCAGCUUGUACACGGGUACGAAGUUUUUCAGUGAUGGUCCACGAUUCAUGACCGUAGAUAACUAUAGGGAUAAAGACCGACUUGAAUAUCGAGAGCUUAGUUUUCAGACUGAGCUCUGCUUUAGUCACAAUGAGUUGGGCUAG